GGAGCAAUCAUCUACCGGCCUCCACUCCGCUUGCUGCAUGCCGCAAGCUCGCCUGUUAUCCACCUCACUAUGACGUUCACCCUUCUCGAUGCUGUACGAGAGGCGAGAUGAUUCGCAAAGGUAUAUACGCCAAACUGGCACUUCCGUAGGUUCUCCGUCCAAGUUUCAUUUUCGCCAUAUCUUUCACCAGCAAUCGCGAAUCAUCAUGGCGCUCUCACAAGCAGCAGGCAAGCUCGAGCAGGCUAUCGGCCACGGCGACAAUGCCACAACUAUUCAAAACGUCACGAACCCAGGACUGGACCGCGAGAAGUAUGGCGACCCGUCUGAGACGAUGUCCGCUUUGAUCUGGAACGGCAAGAACACAGUCGAGAUGACUGAAUGCCCCAAGCCCAAGAUCAUCGAGUCGAGAGAUGUCAUCCUCAAGGUCACUGGCUCAACAGUCUGUGGCUCCGACCUCCACCUCCUCCACGGAAGCGUUGUUGAAUUACAAAAGGGGGACAUUUUGGGACACGAAUUCUGCGGAAUUGUGGACGAGAUGGGCUCCGCCGUGAAGGGACUCAAGAAGGGCGACAGAGUGGUAGCCUCUUUCCAGAUCGCCUGCGGAGACUGCUACUACUGCCAGCAAAAAAUGUCCUCGCAAUGUGAGAAGACCAACAGCAACACAAUUGAGAACGCCAUGUACGGCGGUCGCACGGCCGGCAUGUUCGGUUACAGUCACUUCACGGGAGGUUUCGCUGGUGGUCAGGCGGAAUACACUCGUGUGCCUUACGGCGAUGUCAACCUUCUGAAGAUCCCGGACGAUGUCCCGGACGAGAAGGCACUCUACUUGUCGGACGUCAUCGCCACCAGCUGGAACUGCGUGGUCGACACCGUGGUCUACGAGGGCGACAUCGUUGCAGUCUGGGGUGCUGGCCCUAUCGGCCAGAUGGCAGCCGAGUUCGCUUUCAUGAGGGGAGCGCGAAGGGUCAUCGUCAUUGACAGCAACUGGAGGCUGGACUUCAUGAAGGAGAAGUAUCCCAAGGUCGAAACAGUCGACUACUCGCAGCUCAAGGAGACCAAGGGUGGCGUCGUCGCAAAGCUCAAAGAGAUGUGUGAUGGCCGUGGUCCAGACGCUGCCCUCGAGUGUGUGGCUGGCGAGUACCCGAAGGGCUGGAUGCACGCUGCUGAGCUGGCUCUGGGUCUCGAGACCGAUACCAGCGAGAUUCUCAACGAGAUGAUCGAGAGUGUCAGAAACUUUGGUCGUGUCGGAAUCACUGGUGUGUAUGUUGGCUAUACCAACCACUUCAACAUCGGCAGUCUGAUGGAGCGCGGCAUCCGCUUCAUCGGUAACGGUCAAGCGCCAGUGCACCGAUACUGGGAGGACCUUCUGAAGAAGAUCCAAGCUGGCGAGAUCGACCCUCUGAAAAUGGUCACACAUCGUGUGCGCGUGGAAGACUUGGACAAGGUCUACUACAAGUUCGAGAAGAAGGAGGACCACAUGCAGAAGGUGUACGUGGAGACCAGAUUCUCUGCGCCAGCAUGCGCCGGCUCGCCAGCCUUGAUUAGAUACACCGAUCGCCCAUUGAGAACAUAAUUGUAGAAGUCGAAUAGAGCUUUACGAGACCAAUGAGACAGAAUACUGUACAGAGCACUUCAGCCGAAUCACGAGCAUAGUAGCCAA